AUGCCCCCAGCCGCCAACCCCAAGCCCCUCCCGGCACUGGCCGAAGAUGUGUACGAUGCUGACACCCUACACAGCGUAGUCACAGCGCUCGCGGCGACGAUCAUCAAGACGGUCGUCGAUAAUCGGAGCGUCACCUCCGCAGCCAAGACGCACAUCGUACAGGCGGCGGAGGAGAUCAGGAAGGCGAUCGCGCUCCACGCGAAGCUGCCUGCCCCCUCCGCCCCCGCCGACUCCCCAGACACUUCUUCUGCUCAAGACGCCAUGAUUUCAUCGGUGCGAGAACUCACUCGAUCCGUAGCCUGCAUGCAAGCUGAGCUCAAGGAGCUUAAGGCUCUGCACGCCCGCCCCGCACAGGCCCAGCCUGCUCCCGCCGAUGCCGCUGCCGCCGCCUACCCCGCAACCUCAGCUGCCACUGUUGCGGCUUCCGCCUCCGCCGCCUCCGUGACCACCGCUGCUGCCGCCGCCGCCGCCCCCCCGCCAAUACUCGCAGAGCUCGCGCUCCCCGUAACCUUCUAG